AUGCUCUCACGUGUUGCUGCAGUCAUGGCGCCCCGCACACACAACUGUCGCCGCAUGACCGGAUCCGGCGGAAAGAGGAGGGAAGGAGGAGAGAGUGAGCCGCAGAGGCCCAACAUGUCCCGGCGUGUGUUUGAUUCUGCGGUGCUGCUCCUCCUCGUCGUGUUGAUGUGCUGCGGCACUGGUGAAGCUGCUGCCGCCGGGGGCGGUAAGUCAAUUAUUGCCAUUAAUCCAUUUACAGGGACGAAAAGGAUAGAUGCCACUUGGCAGGACGUUGGGAUCAAUACCGAAAGUGCUUCGCUCCGCGUCCCCAGCCUUGUUGAGGUGCAGGGUCAUUUAUUUGCUAUUGCUGAAGCCCAUUGCAAGGAUGGAGACAAGUGCAGCGCAGUCGGCUUUACUGGGAUUGCGUCAAAGUACCUUGGUUUAAAUGUUGAUGCUGGUCCAACGGAGAUCUCGACGGCAGAUGCAAGUAUCUUUGGCGCAGAUCUUCUAAAGGAAGGGUCUGAGGGUAUCAACACCGCAAACGGCAUAAAGCGACCAACGACACUUGUACUUGGGGAAAGUGUUUACGUGCUCCUGGGAAACUACAGCCAUACAAGGCCGCAGGUUGAAGGUAAGAAUGAGCGGGGCCUUUUACUCGUGAAGGGAACUGUCGCUGAUGAGGGUGGAAAGAAGAAAAUCAGAUGGAAUGAGACCCAUUUGGUGAACCCUCAAGGCAGAGGAGCAUCUCUUUCCUUUACCGAGUUAUUUGGCGGUGGAGGAUCGGGUGCUGUGAUGCGUGACGGCGCGCUUGUGUUUCCCAUGCAGGCCAAAGAAAAGGAUGGAACGAGCGUUUUACUGUCUAUGCGUCUCCCCAAGUCAGGGAACAGAUGGGAGCUUUCAUCCGAGACGACUGGUAACGGCUGCAGGGAUCCAACCCUGGUGAAGUGGGAAGAAAACGAAGAACACGAAAGACUCUUCAUGAUGGCUCAUUGUGCUGGAGGCUACUAUGACGUUUACAGGUCCACUUUGGAUGGAGUCAAUUGGUAUGAUCACCUAAAAUCAAUUACCCGCGUGUGGGGCAACUCACACAAACGAAAGGGGUACGGCGUCCAGAGUGGAUCCACCACCGCAAUCAUUGAGGAAAAGAAGGUGAUGCUCAUCACCGCGCCGGUGUAUCCGAAGGAGGAAAAUAAAGGUGGAAAGGGUCGGCUCCAUCUUUGGGUGACGGACAGUGCACGUGUGUAUGAUGUUGGGCCGGUAUCCCGUGAAGAAGAUGACGCUGCCGCCAGCUCGCUGUUGAUGAAGAAUGAAAGGGAUAAUAAGGAGGAGUUGAUUUCACUGUACGAGAACAAGAAGAGCGACGGAUCAUACAAUCUUGUUGCUUUGCGUCUGACCGAGAAACUGGAGCGGAUAAAGGAAGUUGUGAAGACAUGGAAGGAUUUGGACAGCGUCUUGAGAACAUGCAGUUCCGGUUCCAGCGGCACUGUUGACGCGCUCAGAAAGGGCAUGUGCAAUGGUCCUGUUCCCACUGACGAGCUUGUUGGCUUCUUGUCCGGUAACAUCUCUGAGAACACAUGGAGUGACGAGUACCUCGGCGUGAAUGCCAUUGUCCAUGGGCCGGCGGAAAAAAGGAUAGUGGUUCCCAAUGGACUGACGUUCAAAGGGUCCGGAGCAUGGGCGGUGUGGCCUGUUGGCGACAUGGGGCAGACUGUGCCCUACUACUUUGCGAACAACAAGUUCACUCUUGUGGCGACGGUGUCCAUCCACGAGGUGCCGCAGAGUGGCAGCACCGUUCCUUUGAUGGGUGUGAGGAUGAAUGACACCAGCAGCACGGUCCUUUUUGGUCUGUCAUACACCCACGACAAGAAGUGGCUGGCCAUACCGGGGAAUCCUGGUAAUGUGGAGGAUGUUGAUGAGUGGGAGGAUGUUGAUGGGUGGGAGCCAAACAAGACAUAUCAGGUGGUACUGCGAAUGGAUUAUGAAGAAUGGAGUGUCUUUGUAGAUGGAAAGGAAAUCCACAACACGGAAUAUAAUGACCAUCUGUUUAACUCGCACAGGAUUUCACACUUCUACAUCGGUGGGGACAGUAAGGACCGAAGUGCAACGGGCGGCCAUGUGACGGUGACCAACGUCAUGCUGUACAAUGAGAGACUCUUAAGUGAUAAGCUGCAUAAACUCAAUGCCAGCAAGGUCACUAUUCCAUCACUGGGUGUUGAGGAAAAGUCCACAGGGCAGGUGGCCAGCACAGACGUCUCAGUUGCUUCCGAGUCAAGGAGUGAAGAAAGCACCACCUAUGAGAAAUUGGCUGAGGGUGAUACUGAUAAACAAGAGGAAGAAAGCGCCGAUGAUCCGGUGCCUGCAGCGCCCUCUUUCACGGUUGUCGCGGGAUCCUCUGUUUCCGAACCCGCCAUUGCAGUGGAGAGCGCGGGGAAUUCUCAUCAAGAGAACAAUUUCCAGCUUUCCGAAGGCAAAACGGCCCAGCAAGCCACGUUGAAUGAAGACAAUAAAUCGAUGCAACGGGAUUCGGAGGUGCAGCCACGAGAACUACCGUCCACGAAAUCAACGGAGAUUGCUGAUGUUGAAGGAUCCGCUGAAAGUAAUGAUAAAGAACAGCCAGAGGAGGAGGGAGAAGCGAAUGGCAGGAGUGGCGAAACAACGUCUCCAGUGGGUGCGUCGUUGAGUAUGGAAACGGCCGCCGGACCAGUGGACGGUGAGCACCAAGUGCGACAAAGCACUGAGCUUGCCACUGAAAAUGACGACGUGCGGUCCACUGGAAACGGAACCACUGGCGCGGAGGAAAGCCUCAGCCUCGAGGCGGGCGACGGAAAUUCCGAGAGAACAAUGGGCUCAGACAGCAGCCCCACUCCUUCAAAGAGUGACGUCGAACCGACAUCCGCGGAGGACACCGACAACAUCUCUCGGACUGACGGAGCCGAAGUUUCUUCUGAAAACGGCAAGGAGGUGCCACAGACGGUCGAAACCGCACCGGGUAAUACAAACACCACGCCUGGGGAAACCGAGAUCCCAUCGGAGUCCAACGCAACAACACCCUCAGACACUGACAUUUUGCUUGAGCACGGGCAUUACGGCGAGUUGGCAGCCAUGUAUCUAAUUGGUGACAGCACCGUGCAUGGGUGUGUGUCUCGGGUGCUGUUGCUGCUGCUUCUGGGGCUGUGGGGCACUGCGGCUCUCUGCUGA